AUGACAUCAAAGCAAACUAAUUCUUAAGAAAAUGAAAAUGCAACAGCAAUGAAUACACCUCUAUUAACGGCUUCAUCAGAUUUAGACUAUUCUUGUGACAUUUACUAGGAUCCAUAAGCCUUAUCAAAUAUGAGAUUUGAUGCGACAUUUAAACUGAUACUUAUAGGAAACAGUGGUGUGGGGAAAUCAUGUAUAAUCAAAAGAAUAGGACAUAACAGAUUUUCAGAGGAGCAUGAGGUAACUAUUGGAGCAGAGUUCACAACAAUAGUGGCUCAUGUUAAUAAGAAAAGUUUUAUCAAACUUUAAUUCUGGGACUCUUGUGGCUAGGAAAGAUUCAACUCUAUUACAAGAAUUUUUUAUAGAGGAUCAUCUUGUGUUUUACUAGUUUAUGAAGUCAAUAAUGCAUCAACAUUAAGAGAUCUAGAAACUAUUUGGAUAAAUGAUAUAUAGAGCAAUUUAAAGGAUGCAUUAAUAAUCCUUGUUGGAAAUAAAGCAGACAUAGAUGAAAACUAAAAAACAAAAUUUAAGCGUUAAGUUACUUAAGAAGAGGGUCUUGAAUUUAUGAAAAGACAUAAUAUAGAUCAUUAUGUUGAGGUAUCAGCAAAAACUGGAUAUGGUAUAAAACCUCUAGUAGAAUAUAUCUCAAAAUAGCUUUAUCAUCACAAUAGGGAUAAUUUAUAUGAAUUUAAGGAAUCCGAAACAGGAUCCUAAGUUUCUUAUAAAAGCAGAAGAUCUUCGAAUUAAUCAAUGCAAAGUGGGGGUAAUCCAUCACCUUUAAGCAAAUAAAUUAGCACAAAUUCUAUAAACAUGACAUCAGCUGGUAAUAGAUAGAGGACACACACAAAUAUGUCAUCAAAAUCAUCAACAAAGUUUUCUAAAAAUGAUGGCCGAUUAAAAGCUCAUAGCGUAAGCAGCCUUAAAAAUGGUAGCUAAGUAGAUAAAAGAAGCUAAUGCUGCUGA